AUGCUUCUACUGCUCUACACGUUCGCUGCGAUCGCGAACAUCGUUGCUAAAUCGCACAAUUUUAACAUCGACAACGAUGUGAACCCAUAUUUGAGGGUCAAACGAGCCAAUGAUCACUUUAGUGAUGUCCCAGUGAACUAUAACGACGGUAGCCGCGAAUGGAAUCCGGAAUUCCAACCCGAUCUAAUAAGUGAUGUGAACGUCAACGACUCAAUUGACCCGUCAAAUGACGAGGCGGUCGAAUUGAACGAUGAUAUAACAACUGUUAUAUCCGCUGAAGAAGAAAGUCUGGACUAUGAAAACGGGGGACGUUUCGUUAUCACACCAUCUCGGCGUGUCAACUUAUAUCCCAAUAAGAGACCGGAAAAAAUACCCCCCACUAUAAAUAAGGGAAAGAACAAAACGCAAGCUUAUUACCCCCUCAGCCAUACAUAUAUCCCAGGAUAUAAUCAGCCAGAUGACGUUUUCAAUUUUGAAAAAGGACCUGUCCAAGCUGACGUUAAGAAUAAAACAGUCGCGGCAAAGGAUAAUAAACGCAAUAAGGAACGAACAGGUAAUGAAAGUGAGACAGACGAUGCUGCAACAGAAGACGGUGAUGUUAAAAGGAAGCGCGUUCAGAGGAGUUACUACUUGCCGGUACAGAGAAGACCAGGUAAGCCCCAAGAAUACUAUCCGCUGAGCCACACAUACAUCCCGGGACAGAACGAGCAAGACGACGUAUUCGAUUUCGAACUGGGUACCGUGAUACCGUAUGCAAACAAAACCGGAAAUGGACAUAAUAGCACUAAUGGAACGGAAGGUAAUCUAAGUAACAAAAAUGACAAGCCAGGCGGACCUAAGCAUACCAUGCAUAAAAACAAUGUUACUACGAAGAAACCUCCUACCAGCACCGAAGCGGAUUCUGGUUUUUGGGGCGGUUGGUUCGGUGGUGGUAAGACGACAACCAACCGGCCAAACGUUAUCAAACAUCAGACUUCACCCAAGCCUACAAAGCAUAAAGAAUUAGACGAAUCGCUCGACUACGAAAACGGCGGUGGGUAUGUAUCCUAUACUUCCCCUAAAAACAGACAUCCUAGUCUUCAACAACAACGCAGUUACUACCAGCCCAUCUACGAAAACGAGGGCAACGGCCGCAAAAAAAUAGCGGGCUACUAUCCAUUGAGCCACACUUAUAUACCCGGCACAAACCAACAAGAAGACGUCUGGAAGUAUGAAGGUGGACCAGUCUAUCCGUACCCAAGUGGACAAGAGGCUCACGCGACACCUAACAAAAAUAGAGGCCACAAAGUAGUCUACGUUGAAACUGAAGAGCAAGCAACGACCGUACACCAUAGCAAAAAUAAAGGUAAAGGCGACAAAGACGAAGGUCUCCUCACCAAAUACCUUGUCAACCCGAUAAAAAAACUCUUUGGUUAUAGAAAAAAGCGGAGCAUAGACAACGCCAAUCGUGACGCCAUAGUGGUCCGUAAGAGGAACGGCGUCACCGAAUUUCUCAAUAACAUGGUGCAAAAGGUCUACAAUUACACCCUGCACGACCAGGUGGUGGUGAUUGACGAGAAGAACGUGCUGAGUAAUCGCGGCAACUCUGUUUCAGAUGCGUACGGACAGUACAAAUACGACAACGGACAGUACCACAGCGGGUACAACGUACCAGACUACAACGGCGGAGCAUAUCCGAACAAUUAUCAAAACAAUGCGUACCCGAGUUACCAAAACCGGUAUCCCGACAACCAAAACGGAUACACGAACAACCGAUACGGAUACACGAACAACCAAUACGGAUACCAGGAUCCGUACAACCGAAACGGAUAUCAAAGUAACGCGAAUGAGAUUAACAGUGUUGCAAUCACUGAAAGCCCUUAUAAUAAUCAGUACUCUCUUUCCCAGGACGCUACUAAUGCCGAAGCGGAGAAGGGAACGAACGAUGUGAGCGAUGAUGACUUGAAUGGUGAGAAUGAAACGAACGAGAGCGGCGCGCAGAAGAUCGUCAAGGAGACGUGCUUCCUUUGCAGCUCCAUGGGCUGUCCGAAAGACCAUAGACGAAGGGGUUUUGUGUGCGUUCGAAUAAGAUAA